CUGGAGCAGGACCUACCGGUACCUAGCGAGCUGCGAGCUGCUCUGUCUCUCCGCGUGCGUGUCCGCGUGGAGCCCCUCUCUGUGCUGUCCGUGACGCCGCCGUGCCAAGUGGGAUUCCGUUCACACACCGAGCGUGCCCAGCUUUUCGCAAAACCCACUGGAGUUAAGCUUCUCAAACAGAAGAGCAUGAGGAAGUCUUUGUUUUCCUUUAUCUCCGUGGUUCUGCUCUACUGUUGCUGGACAACACAUGGAGAGGUCUUCACCUCCAUCGGCCAAAUGACAGACCUGAUCCACACAGAAAAGGAACUGGUUAAGUCUCUGCGGGAGUACAUCAAAGCAGAGGAGUCCAAGCUCCAUGCUGUCAAAAGCUGGGCCACGAAACUCGACGCCCUCACCAGACUGUCCACCUCUGACCCAGAGGGUUACCUGGCUCACCCAGUAAAUGCCUACAAACUUAUGAAGAGGCUCAACACAGAGUGGUCUGAACUAGAGAGCCUGGUGCUUCAGAACCCAUCUGAUGGCUUUAUCUCAAACAUGACUACACACAGACAGUACUUCCCAGAUGCGGAGGAUGAGACGGGUGCAGCCAAGGCACUGAUGCGUCUUCAGGACACGUACCAACUGGAUUCUGAAGCCUUCUCCAAAGGAAAGUUGCCAGGUGUCCACUCCAAUGCCGUACUGACAGUAGACGAUUGCUUCGACAUGGGAAAGACGGCCUACAACGAUGCCGACUAUUACCACGCUGUGCUGUGGUUUCAGCAGUCGCUGAAGCAGCUGGACGACGGGGAGGAAGCUGUGGUCUCCAAAGCGGAUAUUUUGGACUACCUCAGCUAUUCUGUUUACCAAAUGGGUGAUCUACCCCGAGCCAUUGAGCUGACACGGAGACUGGUGGCCAUCGACCCUACCCACCAGAGGGCAGGAGGAAACCUCCGUUAUUUUGAGCGGCUGCUGUUUAAGCAGCUCGAUGAGCAGAACCAGGCCUACCAACCGGCCUCUGAGGAGCCCAUUCAGCUGGGGACUUACAGCAGACCUAAAGACCAUCUUCCAGAGAGGGAGGCCUAUGAGGCUCUCUGCAGAGGAGAGGGGCUUCAAAUGAAUGAUGCAAAGCGGAGUCGUCUGUUCUGUCGCUACCACGAUGGUAACAGAAACCCUCGUCUUCUGCUGAAGCCCGUGAAGGAGGAGGAUGAGUGGGACAGCCCUCACAUUGUGCGCUACCUGGACAUGCUGUCAGACGAGGAGAUAGAGAAAAUUAAAGAGAUCGCAAAACCAAGGCUUGCCAGAGCUACUGUAAGAGACCCCAAAACAGGAGUCCUGACUACAGCCAACUACAGAGUAUCAAAAAGUGCAUGGUUGGAAGGAGAGGAGGACCCUGUCAUUGAGCGAGUUAACCAAAGAAUACAAGACAUCACCGGCCUCACAGUAGAGACUGCAGAGUUACUGCAGGUUGCCAACUAUGGAGUUGGAGGACAGUACGAGCCACACUUUGACUUCUCAAGGCGUCCUUUUGACAGCAACCUCAAGGUCGAUGGAAAUAGACUUGCUACCUUCCUAAACUACAAGGAUGAGCCUGAUGCUUUCAAAAGAUUAGGCACUGGAAAUCGUGUGGCAACUUUUUUAAACUACAUGAGUGACGUUGAGGCAGGAGGUGCCACGGUCUUCCCUGACUUUGGGGCAUCGAUCUGGCCACGAAAGGGGACAGCAGUAUUCUGGUAUAAUCUCUUCAAAAGCGGAGAGGGAGACUACAGGACGAGGCACGCAGCCUGCCCAGUUCUAGUAGGAAGCAAAUGGGUGUCAAACAAGUGGAUUCAUGAACGAGGACAAGAGUUCAGGAGACCAUGUGGCCUCACAGAAGUGGACUGAAACUGGAGUCCCCCCCCCCCACUUCACUCGCAGACUCACACCGUGCCUUGAUUUUGAACACAGUACAACAAAGACAUAUGGUAGAACACUCCAGUUUAGGGUUGUCAAAAGUAUCGAUACUCAAAAAAGUAUCGCUACUAAAACGUUGUAUCCGGAGACGAUGCUCAUUUUCAAAAGUAUCGAUACCAACCCCCCACUUCCCCCUGCGCGUGUGCGACGCUGACCUGCCAACGCUGUGCCCCUUCUCUCUGAUCUAUUUAUUUCUUUACGUUGUUUAUGAUCAUUAACAUGACGUUAGCCUUGAAUCACUAUCUACGGCUAAUGACUAAUAAUAACGUGCCAACAUAAAUAAACUAAACAGACUGCAGGAAGCCAAGGAUGGAUAUCCAACUCCCCCCACAUCCAAGUCGGCCAUUUUGAUUACGUCACCGAUGGGAAGAUCCGUAAUUGCUUCAUGGCAAUAUAGACAUUAAUUUAAAAAUAGUGAAAUCUUUCAAACACUGAAUUCAACUCUAUACAUUAUAUUAUGUUGAAAUAGUGUAUGUUAAAUAGGUUUGUACAAUAAGUCAAAACAACUUUAACCAAAAAAUGAUUAUUUCUCACAAUUGUGUAGGGUUAGGGUCAUUAAUGCGGGCCACCGACCACAAUAACAUCAGUAAUAGGUAAGUUUGAAACGAAAGACAUGUGAAAAUUCUGUUACAUUUUGGGGUCUUUUUUUUUUUUAUCCUUGUGGUAUCGAAAAUGGUAUUGAGUAUCGAAUAUUUUCCUGAGUAUCGGUAUUGAGUUUAAAAUUUUAAUAUUGUGACAUCCCUACUCCAGCUAGUGUUUUUCUCCCUGCAUUUGCAAAAGAAGCUUCAUCCCCAUUUUAUUGUGCCAUUGAGAAUAUCUUGUUUUCUAUCAGAGGUUUUACACCAGCUCUGUCAGACAUUCGUUCAUCUCUCCCACCUCUUUAAAUAGCUCCAGUUCAUUUGAUAAAUCAGACUAAAUGUUUAUUGAAACUUUUGAUUACCGUAGAUUCCAGAAUAUGAGCUGCCACUUGGUGUGAACGCUCGGGCUUAAACAAUGAUGCACCUAAAUUCUGGAUUUUUUAAAUUUUACUUUAAUGGGAUAACGAGCUUCCUGGCACAAAAACAUUUAGCCUCAUCACAUCAGAACGCCCUUCAGAUUAGUCAUUUCGCGUUACCUGCACACCAUCAUGGGAAAACACACUGCUUUAUAUAUGUACAAACUUUCUUUGUUUAGUCUUUUUAAAGUCACUGGAUGCGGCUUAUAUUCAGGUACUCUCAAGUCCAAAAUUUACGGUUUUAGAAAAAAUAAAUAGAUAAAUCAGCUCAUUCUAAGUUUCCAAUAAACACUUAUACAUUUUUUUUAUUUUCACUAAUUUAAAACACACAUAAACACAGUCACCCCUAUGUUUACCCCUCAGGUGAAUAUCUGAAUAUUUAAACAGCAUCGACCAACUACGAGCAGUUAAGCAGCAUUACAUGAAAAACAUGUCUAUUGAUGUUUAAAAAAAUACAUCUAUGCCUUUGACCGAUGUGUGUUAGAUGAGUUUCUUCACACUUGUUUGAAUGUAAUGUGCACAUCUUUUAACUGUUUUGUUAUGUGUUCAGAGUUAGAAUCUGUAACUUAGUUAAGAAAAAAAACAAUAGAUUUGGACAAAGAACAGAAAAAGAAGUGUGCCGCUGAAUUUGGUUUCUGAACACAACUAAAGAUUUUAAUACCACAUUCCAAAUGUGCUCACAGUCA